GGAGGCGGCGGCCAUCUUGGCAGCGGAGCGAUGAGCGGGUUGAACCCGAAGACUGCGGCCGCGGGGUCGGCGGCUGGGCCCGGGGGGCUGGUGGCCAGCAAGGAAGAGAAGAAGAAGGCGGGCGGCGGUGUCCUAAACCGACUCAAGGCGCGGCGGCAGGCGCCCCACCACGCGGCAGAGGAUGGCGUCGGGGCGGCGGUCACGGAGCAGGAGCUGCUGGCUCUGGACACCAUCCGGCCCGAGCACGUCCUGCGCCUCAGCCGGGUCACCGAGAAUUAUUUAUGUAAACCCGAAGAUAACAUCUACAGUAUUGAUUUCACUCGUUUCAAAAUUCGAGACUUGGAGACAGGGACAGUGCUCUUUGAGAUUGCCAAACCCUGUGUUUCAGACCAAGAGGAGGAGGAGGAGGAAGAAGAGGAGAAUGAAGGUGGAGACGUGGAUAUCAGUGCAGGACGUUUUGUCCGCUAUCAGUUCACACCAGCCUUUCUCCGCCUCCGGACAGUCGGGGCGACAGUGGAGUUCACAGUGGGAGACAAACCUGUGUCAAACUUCCGGAUGAUCGAGCGGCACUAUUUCCGGGAACGCUUGCUGAAAAACUUUGACUUCGAUUUCGGCUUCUGCAUCCCCAGUAGUAGGAACACUUGUGAACAUAUCUAUGAGUUUCCCCAGCUUUCUGAGGAUGUCAUUCGUCUGAUGAUUGAAAAUCCCUAUGAGACCCGUUCUGACAGCUUCUACUUUGUUGACAACAAGCUGAUAAUGCACAACAAGGCUGACUAUGCCUAUAAUGGAGGCCAGUGACUGCUGCAGGAGCGGACGGGGCGGUGCUUUGCUGUGGCCCAAGGUCUUGGCACAUGGAGCUGGUUGAGCCUGCUGUUCGUCACCACACGUCUGGAACCUGGUCCCAGGAAGCCAGGGCUGGGGUGGUAGUUUCCUGUACUCGAGAUGUGCCAAGCAGUGCUGUGUUUUCUUCCGCAGUAUUUCCCCUUCCCUUUUCCCUGCCCCAUAGGUCGCAGAGGUACUAGAGUAAAGUAAGGAUUAGGGUAAGGCUCCUGGAGUCCAGAGAAAAAAGCAAGUGUCUUUUCCUGUAGUCCUAGCCGCCUGCAGCUUGUGUUGAUGGCCUGGGUGUCUGCAGGUGCAGCUGUGUCGGGGUGAGGAGGCUCUGGCUGCCCGGCUCGCAGGUCAGCAGCUUCUCCGUAGAUUCCUGGGCACUGUGAGAAACUGAAAGGUAGGCCUCUUCUAGGCAAUUCCUCCUCUCAUUUACAGUGUUGCUGUUGACGUAGUCUGACCUCAGCUUGUAUGUAGUUCUAAAGCAACUGGAAAGAAAGGGGGUGGUGGAGGGGUGCCAAGAGUGGGAGUGCCGGGGGCCGCUAGGGUUGUCAAACUGAAAGGUCCACGUUGUGGAGAGGCGUGCUUCUCUGUCCGACUUCAGGAUCUUCCACCGCUCCCCUGGGGAUGCGGAGAGGUUUCAGCCUGGCACUGCCUUCCUGUUGCCAUUUCGGAGGAAAGAUGAGCUUGCUCUGCUUGUCCUGCCUCCUGACUUUGGAGUCUGUCCUGAAACAGACUGUCAGUUUUGUGCUCUUGGAACAGUAGGAUCUCGAGGCCACAGCAGGCCUUGUAUCUUGUGUUGGGUUUUGUUUUUUGUUUUUUCCCUAGUCAUCUUUCAGGGAGGUUUUAUAAGAGGACCGUGGUGUUCCCAGCAUAUGUGAGGUGUGGUUAGACUUUGAUAGUAUUAAACAGACUUCUGGGGCUAAUCUGGCUCAUGUUGGGGCCCGGGAUAGUUACGGACCAGCAGCUACUUAAAGGAGGGAUUUGAUUUUCUCUACACAGGAGAGCCUGCAGGAUUGGCUUUGGUGUGGAUUUGCCUCUGAGACUCUUUGUAGAUUUCUUAUUUAGGAGGAUUUUCCUGUCGACCUUUCUCCUGAAGUAAUUUCUGGGACCAUCCUGGCAGGUCAGACCUCAGUAAUGCGUAUUCUGAUCCUUCAUACUCCUAGUUGAAAUGCUUUGGGGUGUUUGGAAAGGAUGAAUGAACUAGGCCAAGGUGGCUCUCGAAAGGUGUUCUUAGAAAACCUUCCCUGCACAUCCUCAUGGGCUACUUUUGUCCCUGGGCCUUUCCUGGAUAGCCUCUUACCGCCUCAGCUCCUCCCAGCGGUCUGACUGGGGUGGCUGACCCUCUGAUAAGAUUGUCACUGUGGCCGGGGCUUAGCAUUGACAGAAAGGUAGCAGGAGGAAGGGCCUGGGCAUGUGGUAAUAGUCACUGUGAAGCAUCGUAGUAGCCGAAGGAGAGCAGUCCCCCAAGGUGCUUGGGACAAAGGCCACACGGUGCCCAGGACAGAAGGGCCAGCACUUGGCCACAGAAGCCCCCUGUGCAUUCGCUAACCAGUGUUGCUCCCUCUUCGGAUUCUGGAGUGUGAGUGGCCUUGAACCUUGGCCAAGUGCUCUGUGCCAGGCCAGCGUCUGGGCCGUGCCAGAUGCUGGCAGCUUUCUCGCUGAGGAAAUCCUUACUCCUGUGUGCUGGCACUGGAUCCAACCACUGAGGCAGGGACGAGACCAGGCAUCCUGCAGAUGGGUUACUCAUCACUGGACCCGGUGAAUCUCAGAACUGGAGUCUACUGCAAAUCCAGGUGCCUUAUGUGUGGCUCUGUCCCACGUGCUGCUGGGAAAAGCUGCAUUGCCCUCCUUCCCUCCUUAUCUGUGGACAGACAGCAGUACCGCCUCCUUACCUCGUUUCUCCCUGUGGCUCCUUUAGCGUGUUUGUGUGUGCAUCCUGAAUAACUCCUUCUCUGUGGGACAGUAACCUCGUCGGGAGAUUGUCUACUAUUUGAUAUUUAAUUAUUAUCUAGGAUGUGGUUUCUGGAGCUGUCCAGAGCUCUGCUCAAUAGCAUAUGUCUUGGAAGUGUGUCCCAGGGCAGACCACGUCUUGUGGACUAGUGGGCUGUCUCUUAUAUGCAGUGUUUGCCUUCGGUAGGGGGAGGGCAGGGGAGGCAGGCGUUCUGGCUUGAGUAGUGCUGUAUCCUCUUCCCCGUUAGCUUGCCUUAGUCUCACUGGAGACCAUCUUGAGGCCAUGUGCUCCAUCUGUGCCCAGGGGGACAGGGAUAUGCCAUCUGCUCCAGAAGGUCAGUCUGGUUUUCUGUACCUGGGAGUCUGGAUUUUUGUGUCUCACUACUCAGGAAAUCUUGAGAAGCAUCACCACUCAUGGGGGGGGGGGCGGUUAACAAGGGUGAAUUUGGAGUUCAAGCUUUUGUACCUGACGUGCGGAGAGAAUUGGAAGUCGUCCUUUCUCUGAAAGUAGCCGAAGCAGUCAGAAGUUCAGUCGGGAGGCCAUGUUCCUAAGGAAUCGGGGCUUUUGAUAGCAGUUGUCUUGGGGUGCUACAGGGGGAGGGAAGAAAGUGACAUGCACGGGGAGACCCUGCCUCCUGUUCAGAGCUGGCAUCUGAGCGGCAGCUCCUGGAGGGACACAUGGCAGCAGCCUGGCAGAGAAAGUUUUCAGGGGCCUGCAGAACUUCUGGAAGACACCUCCAGCCUUUGGGUCAUCUGAUUCUCCAACAAGGGCAGUGAUUUAGGGAAGCUGGGGCUCACCGUAGACUGGUGAGUGAUUCUUGAAAUGGCAGUGACGGUGAAUCGUCCACCUGUUUUUCCAGUUGAGGUGGAAUUCAUUUCUGGGUUGGAUUUAGUAGGCUGCGUGCCAUGGACAAGUUGGGGGAGUCUUGCCUUAGUGUGUCCUGCCGCCCCCAGUAGGCUCCCAGGGUACUCUCUUUUUUUUCUCUGUCGAGCCACUUUGGCUGGCUCUUGUCACCAUGGUGGCAGGGAGGUGUGGGGACUGGAGACGGUCUGUCCCCAGAGCCACAGUGUAGAUCCCUUGCCGGGGCCCAGGGAUUCCCGAUGCAGAGGUGCUGCUUCGCCUGCUGUAAGCGCUGGUCGUGACUCCUUGUUUCUCACAUUCCAUGUCACAACGUCUUCGCCACAGGAAGGGGCUGGUGGAGGCGGACUUAACUCCUUGUUUUACAAAGGAUCAUGUAAAGUCAUUGAGGUUGUGAAAGUCUAUUUUUUCCCCCUGUAAAUCUAUUUUUCACAGAAUAUAAGAAACAUCAAUGACCUGAUCUGUCCUUCCUCCUCUUUCCCCUUCACCUAAGAUCCUCAUUCCAGUUUGUAUUGUCUUUGUGUCCAAAGUAAACUAGGUGACUUAUUUGUACAAAAUGUUAUUUUGCCACAAGAGACAGUAAUAAAAGAUUUUCACAGUA